AUGGCUGCACUCGAGGACGCUGCCGUGAAGGGCAUCGGCGACAUCUCUGUGAAGAUUCGUGAGGCUAUUCGCGCUGCUCUCCCCACCGGCCAAGAGCAGUAUUUUCACGUCAUGGUGCCCGGCAAGGUUGUCGACUUUGAUGACUACACUGUUGACAAGGAGAACGACAUUAUCCUCCCGUUGAAGGUCGAGCUGAAGCAAGCUGUCCUCUGCGACGACAUGCCGACGCUCUCGCCUAUCCAAAUGGGCCCGACCGGCCGCUCUGUCGCACGGAGCUACGCUAAAGCCAUCAGUCAACUCAUCCCCGCAGGCACGACAGUCGGCGUUGACGAAUUGCACGUACUGACAGACGACCAGCAGCGCUACAAGCGGGCCAUGAUGAACCUCUCUACCGAAGUCGAGGGCAAGGGCAUGACCCUCGUCGAGCUCUACACCAAGAAACAGGCGGUGUACACCAAGGCGUGUGAGCAGAAGACGCACGCCUUCCUCGAGGCGCUUGAGAGGGCAGCCAAAUCGACCAAGUCCGUCAAGGCCGCCCGCGAAUGGUAUGACCAGUGGGUAGAAGAGAACGCUAGGACCUGGCGCAACUACGUGCAGGCGGCCUACAUGGACUGGGUCAUCACGGGCCACAAGGAGGAGGUCGAGUACUGGUUCUCUGUUAUUGACCAGGACUCAGCUAUGGCACGCAUUGAACAAAGCAAGGAUACUAUGCGCUGGGCCGUCGUCCAAGACGAAGAUGGGGGCACCGAGUAUCAGAAAGUGAAGCUUGAGCCCUCUCACUGGGCUAACCUGGCGAAGGAAAAGAUGAACAGAGGUACAAACCAAACAAGGACGGUCGAAUGGUAUACUUGGGAGAUCGACCGUCUCGAGCAGACCAUCCAGUUAUUAUUGUUGAUGGAGGAGAAACCUGUUCAACCUGUCGGAGAUGAUUCUGCUGACUCCGAUAUCGCGGCGCGAUACAGUAGCGCAAAGAAUGAGUUGUCCAGAUGUAUGAAGGAGUAUCGAACGGACGAGUCAGCAUAUAGGACCACUUGCAAAGGAUGUCGCAAGGGUGAAACUCUGACCGAGUGGGAUAAGCGUAAGGGCGAGGAGGAGGUCAAGGCCUCGCAGUCUAAAGACGCCUUGAACAAAGCACAGUCAGAAUUCGACGACGCCACUCUCGCAAAGCUUCAGAUGGACCAGCGGAAGGCGCAAGAGAAGCUCCUCGACAACAUCUCCGGCGACAAUGGGUUCGCGCAGAAGGAGAUCGAGCGGUACAAGAGAACCAUCGAGGAAUACACCAAUGCCCGCAACGCGCUCAUGACCCAGACUGGGGCACAGUCCGCCGAGAUCGAGGACGCUGCCACCGAUGUCGGGAUUCCCCGUCCCAUGCCCGACCCCAUGGCUCACACCGCGACUGAUCCUCCUGACUACUUCACGCCCAUCACCGCCGAGGUCAUGGCAUCCACCGAAUCCACGAACUCCUCCACCUCAACAUACUCGAUGUCGUUUGGUGCCUCAGUGUCAUGGGGCCUCUUUUCUUCCGGCGCCGACUUCGAAUCAUCGCAAGCGUACUCUCAAGCUAUGCAGGAGUUGGCGAGCGCGGGGGUCAAAAUUUCGUUUGAGUGUAUGCGAGUCGAUAUCACACGUCCCUGGAUGCGCCCUGAGCUCUUCUACGACGACGAACUGAUUUGCCGUCCUGAAACCAAGAUUUCCCCUGGGUUUGGCACCCUCCGCGCCCUUAUGGAUGGCGACCCGGUGUUGAAUCUGAGCAACACCCAGAUUGCUUCGCAGCUUGCCCUAUACAACAUCUUCCCUCUCUUCCCGACUGCAUUCAUGCUCGCGUGCAACGUCGUUCUCGAGAUAUCCGGCAGCACCGCGAAGCUUCAAUCCUACAUGAACAGCUCAAGCUAUGGGACAAGUGCAUCUGUCAAAUACGGGCCGUUCGUCGCUACAAAGGCUGGCUUCUCAACUUCCCACACCAAUCAAGGAUCGACGUGCGAGUCGACCGCUGCAGGGUGCAGGAUUACGAUCAAGUCCCCGCAAAUCAUUGGAUGGAUUUCUCAGAUGAUCCCAGCUCUACCUCGCAUUGGGGCUCCGAACGAGGUGUCGGCCACUCCUCGCACUUACACUACUUAG